AUGCUGUUGGCUUAUCUCGUUGUCCUGUGUGUGACAGGUAAGGGAGGGUAUGUGAUUAAAAUAUCAAAUUUUCAUUCAAAAUGUAAGGAAACUACGGGGCCCCUUAAGUGCCAUCCAAAAGUUUCACCCUCCUUUUUCUUCGCGACUUUUUUUUACCCUAUUUUUUCGAAGCCUUUUUUUGGCGACUUUUUGCUUGCGACUUUUUUUCCGCGAUAUGUUUUAAGUGACUUUUUUUUUGGCGACUUUUUUGUUGCGACUUCUACCGAGGGCUCAGAGCACGGUACGUGCGGGAAAAUGGCGAUUUCAACAUCAUCGUCAACAGGGGGUUACAGGGUUAUGCCCUCUGCGUAAUCCCCUGUGAGCCAAAAUUCUCUCCAGCUGACGCAGACACAAUGCCGUCCGAGAGCAUAAGGAAGGCUAAGAUUUCACGAUGUUGAAGCUCAAGCUUAAAGUAACACUCGAUAAGGUCAUGCCGCUCUACGUAGUCUGGCUGAAGUACAGGUACAUAUUGUGGAAGGAGUGCUUUAAAUUGGCGCAGUAAAGCAAAGAUAAUUAGGAAAUUCGUUUCAGUUACUUUAAGCAGCUUCUCCUUUGACGCCAUGUUUUGCAUGUGCCAUUCGUCUCUGAGCUUACGGUGACGUUUACACGCGGAAAAGUCGCGAAAGAAAAGGAAGUGUUGAAAAAGAGUCGCGAAAAAAGUCGCGGAAGGAAAAAAAAAAAAGAAGAGCGUAAGUUUUGGAUGGAACUUGGGGCUCCGUAGGAAACGCUUGAUUUUUAUUUCUGAAAUACAAUUUUUGGGGUGGUGAGACGACAAUGCGUUUUGAUUAAAGUGCUACAAAAUCAGUAGUAGACACUUAAAUGACAAAUAUAUUUAUUGUUAUCAUUAUUUGAAAGUAAAACAUACAAAUUAUAACCUUUGAAGAGGGUGACCCUAAAAGCCGGAACGGCGGAAUGGCAGAAUGGCGGAAAAUGACCCCAAAAUCCUAAAACAUGGAACGGCGGAAAAUAACCCCAAAUCCUUAAACACGGAACGGAUGUCAGGGCAUGUUGCACAAAUUUUGUAAAAAGACACCAAGCGCUUGGCUCAUUUAUCCCCACGACGAUAACGCGCGGGACUAAAAUUAAGCGUUAUUAAUUUUUUUUCUUUUACUGUGUGGUAUAAAUAAUAAUGAACCAUUAUGCAUGAAAGAUAGCUGCGUUUUCGCGUUGUAAACCUGUUUAGUUACCUUUUGUUAUGCUAAAUUUGCCAUGAGUUUUAGUCGCGGCACAAAAAGUCACACAGCAUGUGAAAACCACACACAUACCACAUUACAAUAAACAAUUGUAACUUUGAUACGUUUCCUGGUCACGUCUGCAUUGAUUUACUGAAACAAUACUAUCUCAUAUGCUUGUAAAAAUGUGAGAACAUCACAGGAACGUUUUCAGGCUUCUCAAAAUAUGACAACGUUCAGCCCCAGCUCCAAACUUAGACUAGCGUGAGAGCAAGCCCUCGUUACGAGCCCUUCAAUACGAGCGUUUUUUCAUCCACGAAGCUUUGAUGUUGCAUGGAGUCCCCCAGGGCAGUAUUUUGGGUCCUUUAUUCUUCAUUUUGUUUAUCAACGAUCUGCCCUUGUAUACAAGUGCUCAGUUGGACCUCUACGCAGACGAUACGACUGUCACCGCUUCUGCGGAUGUGAAGGACUUAGCCACCUUAAAUUCAUCACUAAACAAGUCUGUCUCUGAAAUUCAAUUAUGGGCUUCAGCGAAUAAGCUCCCAUUAAAUGAAGACAAGACUAAAGUACUUACGAUCACUGGCAAAAGACGCGUGGCCAACAUAAAUAGAAGUGACAUAGAUGUAAUCGUAAAUGGAAAACAGCUCAGUAAUGUGGAUUGUGCUACCUUAUUAGGCGUAGAAAUUGACAGCAAAUUGUCAUUUAAUGAACAUGUUGAGAAAGUAUGUAAAAAGUUGGCCUCUAGAAUCGCAAUAUUGCGUAAGAUCCGAGCGUGUCUACCUCUUAAACAGCGACUUCAGUUUUAUAAUAGCAUUAUUCGCCCUGUUAUGUCUUACGCUAACGUUGUUUGGGCAAAUUGCGAUAAAGAGUCGGUUCAUAGGGUCUUAAGAUUGCAAAAACGUGCGGCACGCGUUAUUUGUUAUGCCGAUCGCAUGACACCAUCAGUUGCUUUGUUUAACAAGCUAGGUUGGAUCUCGUUUUAUGAGCAACAAAAGAUUGAUAAAUGCACAAUAAUGUAUAAGCGAAUUAAUGGGACUUUGCUGAAUUAUCUAAAUGAACACUUAAUUUUAAAUAAUAAGCGGCACUCCCGCAACACUAGAUAUUCAAGCACUAAUGCUGUUUGUCCUAAAUAUAAAAGAGAAACAGAAGGAGGACGCUCUUUCGCUGUUUCGGCAACAAGACUGUGGAACAGUACACCAAUUGAAAUUAGGAAACUAAAUUCUGUAGCAUGUUUUAAAAAGAACAUGUUUGCCAAGAUUUUUAAGGAACAACAAUUUUUGCAUCAUUUCAUAAUUUAAUAAUUUAUUUUUAUCUUAUAAUCGAAUCCUGUCAUAUUUUAUAUUUUAACUGUAUAUAUAUAUAUUUUAGCUUACAGUAUUUUAGAUUGUAAAUAGUUGUGAGGGCCACAAGUUUAUUAGCCUUUGGCUAUUAAGUGCCACCCUCUUUAAAUAAAGGCUUUACUUACUUACUUACUAGUAACACUAGGUGAAGAGAGGUUAGGAGGGUGUCACGCGAGUGGGAAUUUCUCAUGGCGUGAAAAGACAAAAGAAAGUUAGCAGAAGGAAGCCGUCAAGAAGAAUUUGAAGAAUUUCUUCGCGACCAGGUGUCCAAAACACCACCAUCCUACUGUGAAAUUUACGGCUUACAUAUCAGCGGAAGAAAUAAACUUUCUGGACAAAAAAGAGGCUAUUUCACCAAUUCGUUCAGCGGAUUUCUUCUGUUCCUCAACAAAUUGCAAAUAGUCAGCUCUAUGGCGUUUAAAUUGCCCUUCCUGAAAGGGAAGUGUAAUUCAGACGGAUCUUUGGAUUGUCAUGGUUUACCAUUAUUCGCAUGGAAGCAGUUGCGAGAUGAAGAAGAGGCAAUCGGUCGAGGAUCCUAUGGUUUGGUUUGUGUGACUUUUUAUGCCGUGACUAAAACUCAUGGCAAAUUUAGCAUAACAAAAAGUAACUAAACAGGUUCACAACGUGAAAACGCAGCUAUCUUUCAUGCAGAAUGGUUCAUUAUUAUUCAUGCCACUCGGUGAAAGAAAAAAAAUUAAUAACACUUAAUUUUAGUCCCGCGCGUUAUCGUUGGGAUAAUUGAGCCAAGCACUUGAGUGUUUUUGUACAAAAUUUAUGCAACAUGCCCUGACAUCCGUUCCGUGUUUUAGGGUCAUUUUCCGCCGUUACAUGUUUUAGGAUUUGGGGCCAUUUUCCGCCAUUUCGCCAUUCCUACGUUCCGGCUUUUAGGGUCGCCCGAAGUGCGUACGGAAACACAGCGGCCAGACAUCUGCGCGCGUGUGAACUUUGUACUAAAUGGGUGGUGUGAAUUCCGGCCGUCAAAACCAAGUUGUCCAUGGCUCAAACAGGUUACAAAAACUUUUACAUAAGCCAGAAAGUCACGUGUUUUAAAGGAAUACAAUCUUUCUUUGUAAAGCUCAAAACGAUAAACGUGCUUGAAAAAUUUGGUGUUCGAAGUUCAACAAUAGGGACUUUAAGCAAACCACGACGGCGACGGCAACGAGGACAUGGAAAAACAAUAGAUUUACUUGGCAGAACAAUUACUCAGCACGUGCGUUUGAAAAUUUUGUACAUUUCUUAGCCGUUCCAUUCAAAACAACAACGUGAAAUCACCACAAAUUGCGUCGUCUACAAACCGAAACCGCGACGGCGAAUUAUUUUAAUUUCCAUUUGGAACUCAACGCUUCUUUUGUACGUUAUGCUGAAGUUGAGGUGUGGCGCCGUAUGAGACGGUAUGGUAAACACAUGCAGCCAUUUUUUAAAUUCUAAUUAAAGGCAGAAAUUCAUUUUUUAAUCGAAGUCUUCCUUGACGUUGCCGUCCUGACUGCUUAAGGUCCCUAAUAUUUCUGUUCACUACUUUUCUUUCCCUUUAUACAGUUUUGAUAAACGUUUUAAUUUUCUGUAGCAUAUUGUGUGAGACAGCGGUUGUUUCCCUUUUGAAAUUUGGCGCGCUAUCGGCCAGAAUUAAUCCCCACGCGCGGAUAAUUGACCGCUGCGUAUUAUACGAGUGGAGGCAAGAGAUUAUAUUCUCUUGGUGAAGAUCAGUAUUAAAGUCAGAAGCAAUUUCAAAUUUUGCACAACAAUGUACACGUUUGUCAUGUUUGACAUCGUUUUCGCUGACUCUUUCCCAGACCCUCCUUUACUUACUUUGAGAUACAAAAUUGUUCAGAGAAGUGUAUGAAAGGUGAGAACGAGGCACAAAAUCCCGAAACGAAAGGCACGGCAGGACAGUGCACUAUCUUGAGGCACGUAACCCAGAAACGACUGCGGGCGACUCCUAUUGGGCGCGCGCCCGAGGCGGGCUCCUUUGAUGUGCUGCGAUUUAUUAAUUCAAAGUCUGACACGGAAAAAUGCCUUGAAACUUUUGCUUAAGAAACAAAAGCCUACUAUUCUUUCUAACAACAUGCAUCCAUUUCUCUUCCUGACUCGAAGCCAACUGGAGGGUGAACGGUGAGGCAUAUGGUCCUUGGAGUGAUUGGACCGCGUGCAGUGUACAAGAAGGGGAGGGAUUCAUGACGAGAUACCGUGAAUGUAUCGUGGAGGAUUGCCCUACACCUGGAGAAUACAUAGAUUAUAUGAAAUGCUUUGUGAAACCAUGUCCUUGUGAAUGUCCUCCCGCUACAAGUAAGUCAUAGGAAGAGAUUAAAAAGAGCAGUAUGCAUGUGAUUGACCUCUUGCUUGGUUGAAUGAAUGAUCCAGAUACGAGAGCCGACUGACCAAGUGUUUGACCAGACCAGCCGAUGAACUGACUAAAAAAAUAACUGACUAACUGACUGAAUUACCGGCUGAUCAACUGCCUUAACUGACGGAAUUCUGGUGGACUUACUCGCCAGCUAACAAACUAACCGAUAUUGUUUAUAAUCUCUUAGUAAUCGACUCAACAAUUAAAUAAAAUGAAUAACUUAAUGACGAGCUGACUGACAGUCAGACGGACUUACCAACUGAUGAACUGGCGAAAUGAUUGGCUGACUGUCCAAAUAGAUGAUUGGCUUAUCAGCGGAGUGACUGACUGAGUGACUGACUAACUGCCACGUUGACUGACUGAUUGUCUCACCGAAUGGCUGACGGACCAAUUAUCUGACUGACAAGACAAACAGCUGACAAAAUUUCUGUCAGACCAACGGCAAUCGACACUUAGUUGAAAACUGUUCUAUCACCAAGCCAUACCUACAAUUAUAUCCAUAGCUAAUUCAAGAUCAUGUAGUUAAACAUUCCAAAAAACUUUUUUUCAUUAAGAAAAAAUCCCACUGGGGUUAUGGCAUCCUUUGUCAUUUUACAUUAAAGUUUCGUUAAUUUCACUUGUUUUGUCUGAUCUACAGAAGGACCAGGGACAAAGGCGACGCAAACUGGUAGGACAUACUUUUUAUAUUCACAAUUUUAUUUCUAACCAAAUUUAUGAAUUCUGAUUGGCACUGCAAGCGUCGAUUUGUCACGUGAUUGCAUGGUUUAACUGUCUAAUUACGACGUUUUGUAAAUGUAACUGAACUGUGAUUGGAAACCUCAAAGUAAAUAUCACGUAGGUUUUUUUUUCUAUAAAUACAGGACUUCCCUGUUAACAGUCGUGAAUAACGCAAGACUACGCUGGGUCCAGAAAGAUACCCUUUCCAAGAUGCUCAGCAAAAGAUUUAUAUUACCCGCCAAAACAUCCCAAAAAUCUUACCUAGUUUAGAGGCACAUUCUCCUUAAGGCCAAAAAGGGUGUGUUCCCCUCCCCCUUCGCUUAAGAGCUCUCUUGACUAUAGCAGUUAUAAUCUUUAACAAUUCCACUUCAUUCGUGGUAGGUACAAUCCAUAUUGAAGUUGAAGAAGGAUCCACCACGGCCGGUAGGUUAAUUAUUUUUCUCAUCUUUAUAUUGAGUUGAAACACUUCAUUUUGUGGCAGUCAUACAAUAAACGCAGAAGCUAGAAACUUCCUUUUGAAUCAAAGGUAUCUUAAAGUUCGCCCUAAUUAUAAAUUAAUUCUUUCGUGAAUCCGUGAAAUUAUUAUGAAACGACAAAAUCUCUUUCAUGAAAUCGUAAGGAAAUCUAUAUUUGCUGUAAGAAAGACCCCAACUUCACGUUACUGCCAGUCAGAAUUUCCUUUGAUUUCAAUUCUCUUCUUUUUCAGCAACAGUAACCAACCCAAUUGGUAAGUCCUCUUGAAUGUAAAAACUUCGUUAGGUGUAAGUUCUGUAUCACUACUGCGCAUAGAAUUUUCUAUCUUUUCUGGUUGGAGAUUUCGAUCGAUUCUUGAAAUUCUCAUAGAUAGUGGCUUGGCAUAAUCGAUUUGGUCCUCGUUUUUACUUGCUUCAGGUCCUCAUUGAUCUCACUAAUAUAAUAUGAUUACAACUCAAGUGAAGCCAAAUCUGCCGAUCUGCAAUCUACGGUAGCUAUGAUUCCUUCACCCUCAACUGAAGAGCUUUUUGCCUUCUAGGCAUCACCUUUGAACUCGUUCGGGUAUACUCUCCCAAAGACUAUCCCUCCAUUAACCGUUUAAAUGAGUCAUCUCUGACGUCCUUUAUUAUUUUAAAAAUUUUACAGAAGCAACUGGUACCAUUGGCAUUGAAGUGGUGGAGGAGUCCUCAACUGCUGGUAGGUCUCAGUAAAAACAAUUCAAACGAUGCAAACAUAUUUCUACGAACUUUCCAGGCCCAGAGAAAACCAGUGUGAAUGGUCAAUAACUGUAAACAUGCAAACGUUUACUAUGUAAUCUUUCUGAAAACUACUUCAUCUAACAUAGAGAUCACUACAUUCUUCAUCAUCAUGAUUUCAGUUUCCUUUUUUAAGAUACAAAAAAAUUAUCUACAGCGUUAUGAUUUAUCGGCGAGUAGAUCCAGGGGGCCAUCGGGCUUAUGGGAGAGAUCACCUCACUUACAAAAAUAUAUUUAAAAGAAUGAGUGCUGCGAAAGUGCAGCUUGGCCAAUUCAGUGAAUAGUUAAGUAAAAACUCUUGCAUUUUCGUCUUGAAGCUAAGAGCAUUUGACGACGAGAGAAAAAAGACAGUUCCAAAUUUUAAGACCUCGGUAGAGAAUUGUAAAUUGCUUGAGAUUUGUACGACGCAAAUGCGUUCGAUAAUUAAAAGCUGUUCUGGUUUACCAUAGCGGUGAAUUUAGCUAUUGUUAAAAAAAAAUUGAGAGGCAAUGGGGGUAACAGGUUAUUUUUAUGACAAAACGCGAAUUUGGCGAAUUCAAACGUAUUGACGUGUUCUUUUUCUCGGUCAUGACUUACUUUUUUCUCUUCUAGCGCCAGGAUCUACUGUUCCAACUGGUAAGUCACAUUGGGAUUUAUAUACAUUUUUUGUAUUUUGUAGUUUGUGAAGUUUUGGUUUGGCAGUAGUCUAACUCAUAUCACUCUAGCGACAGAAUUUUGAACCAGUCAUAAAACAGUUAUUAGGUGCUUGAGAAAAUGAGACAAAAACAAAGGGAAAAGAAAAUGGGCUGAGUUACCUAUGAGGAGUCUUCAAAUCGCCAGCUACCCACGUUAGAAUUGAGAUAGAUAGGAACAGAUAAACACAGAUGAAGCGAAUCAGUUGAACAAAGCGAAAAAUGAACAAGUAUGUUGUUGGGCGGGCAUAAUUCAAACUCCUCGAACAAUGACUAAAAAAACUUGCGACUAGGGCUGAAUCAUUUGACAGCAGUGCUACCGCACUUUAUUUAAUAGAAAUGUCUUUUUGUCAUUUUCUGAAAAAAAAUGAUCACUAAAAGGGGUAGAUAAGCAAUUAUAAAAAAAUAAGGUAUCUCCUCUAAAUAACAUAAAUUGAUAAAUUGAAUGUACAACUUGUUUGUUUCCUUUUUUCCAGAACCAGAAGGAACUACCCCCGGUGGUGAGUUUAUACGCCUAGUAAUUAUUGUGCCUUACUUUGCCAAAGCUCAAAUGUUGUUAUUUUUAAACUCAGCGAAGAACAAUAGACCUUAUCAGGCUCUGGUGAAUGAACAAUAAAGCAUAUGAGGUCUAUUCCCUUGACUUUCAUACGAACAUCUUUCUUUCAACACUGAAUUUUUAUAAAAGUGAAAUUGGACUUUAAAUCAGACAUGUGGCAACAAUCUUAUUUAUACCAAUAGUAGCCAUUGCAAGUGGUUAGUGUAUGUGGCUUUCAGACCUCGAAAUUAAUUGACUAGAAUGCCAUUAUUUUGCAAUUAUUUUGCGACUACUUACCAUAAGUGUUUGAGGAAAUAUGACUUAACCACUUUAGGGCUGAGCCAAUCCAAGAAUGGAAACCUUGUCUAAGACCCUGCUUUACAACACCCUGACACUAACCUUUUGCUCCUCCGUUUCUUUUUUCCGUAUUAAGGACAAGGUCAGAUAAAAUUCACCACCAUAGAACCGAGUGGUAAGAAAUGAAACAAAUUAUACAUGUUACGACUUUAUUUUACCAAAACUUUCAAUUUAAUAAUAAUUUUGGACGACUGGUAACAAGGACGUUAGAGUAAAAGAUUGUGAAUUUCUCUGCAUACCACAUUUUCAAUACGGUACGAUAGGAUAUCCUUUGGCUUUUAAUUCGAUGUUUUUAAGAACCCCUUUUGAUGUCAACUUUAUUUUCUGUCCCUUUUCAAAGGAGAAGGAGGGGGAGAAGGAGGAACAACGUCGGCGCCUGGAGGACAAGAAGAAGGAACUACAUCGGCUCCUGAAGAGAAAGAAGAAGGAACUACAUCGGCUCCUAAAGAGGAAGAAGGAAUUACAUCGGCUCCAGGAGAGAAAGAAGAAGGAACUACAUCGGCGCCCAGAGAGGAAGAAGGAACUACAUCAGCUCCAGGCGGAGAAUCAGCAAUUACAUCAGCACCUGAAGGAGAAAAAGAAGGAACUACAUCAGCACCUGGAGGAGAAAAACAAGGAACUACAUUAGCUCCAGGGGGAGAAGAGGGAGGAACAACAUCAGCACCUGAACGAGAAGGAAAAGGAACCACAUCAGCUUCAGGAGAAGAAGGAGGAACCACAUCGGCUCCAGGAGAGGAGAAAGAAGAAACUACAUCGAUGCCCGGAAAGGAAGAAGGAACUACAUCAGCUCCAGGAAGAGAAGAAGAAAGAACAACAUCAGCGCCUGAAAAAGAAGGAGAAGGAACUACAUCAGCUCCAGGAGAGGAAGAAGGAACUACAGCAGUGCCUGGAGCAAAAAAAGAAGGAACUACAUCGGCUCCUGUUGGUGGAAAAGAGGGUACAACAUUAGCUCCUGGAGGAGAAGAAGAAGGAACUACAUCAGCACCUGAAGGAGAGGAAGAAGGAACUACAUCGGCUCCUGGUGGAGGAGAAGAAGGAACUACAUCGGCUCCUAAUGAGAAAGAAAAAGGAACUACAUCGGCUCCUGGAGAGAAAGAAAAAGGAACUACACCGGCUCCAGGAGAAGAAAAAGAAGGAACUACAACAACACCGGGUGGAGGAGAAGAAGAAGGAACUACAUCAGCUCCUGGAGAGAAAGAAGAAGGAACUACAUUGGCUCCUGGAGAGAAAGAAGAAGGAACUACAUUAGCUCCUGGAGGAGAAGGGGAAGGAACUACCUCGGCUCCUGGAGAGAAAAAAGAAGGAACUACAUCGGCUCCUGGAGAGAAAGAAGAAGGAACUACGUCAGCUCCUGGAGAGAAAGAAGAAGGAACUACAUCGGCUCCUGGAGAGAAAGAAGAAGGAACUACAUUAGCUCCUGGAGGAGAAGAAGAAGGAACUACAUCAGCACCUGAAGGAGAGGAAGAAGGAACUACAUUGGCUCCUGGAGGAGAAGAAGAAGGAACUACAUCAGCACCUGAAGGAGGGGAAGAAGGAACUACAUCGGCUCCUGGAGAGAAAGAAGAAGGAACUACAUUAGCUCCUGGAGGAGAAGAGGAAGGAACUACAUCGGCUCCUGGAGAGAAAAAAGAAGGAACUACAUCGGCUCCUGGAGAGAAAGAAGAAGGAACUACAUCAGCUCCUGGAGAGAAAGAAGAAGGAACUACAUCGGCUCCUGGAGAGAAAGAAGAAGGAACUACAUCAGCUCCUGUUGGAGGAGAAGAAGGAACUACAUCGGCUCCUGGAGAGAAAGAAGAAGGAACUACAUCGGCUCCUGGAGAGAAAAAAGAAGGAACUACAUCAGCUCCUGGAGAGAAAGAAGAAGGAACUACAUCAGCUCCAGGUGGAGGAGAAGAAGGAACUACAUCGCCUCCUGGAGAGAAAGAAGAAGGAACUACAUCGGCUCCUGAAGAGAAAGAAGAAGGAACUACAUCGGUUCCUGGAGAGAAAGAAGAAGGAACUACAUCAGCUCCUGGAGAGAAAGAAGAAGGAACUACAUCGGUUCCUGGAGAGAAAGAAGAAGGAACUACAUCGGCUCCAGGUGUAGGAGAAGAAGGAACUACAUCAGCUCCAGGUGGAGGAGAAGAAGGAACUACAUCGGCUCCUGGAGAGAAAGAAGAAGGAACUACAUCAGCUCCUGGAGAGAAAGAAGAAGGAACUACAAUAGCUCCUGGAAGAGAAGAAGAAGGAACUACAUCAGCUCCUGGAGAGAAAGAAGAAGGAACUACAUCAGCUCCUGGAGGAGAAGAAGAAGGAACUACAUUAGCUCCUGGAGAGAAAGAAGAAGGAACUACAUCGGCUCCUGGAGAGAAAGAAGAAGGAACUACAUCAGCUCCUGGAGAGAAAGAAGAAGGAACUACAUCGGCUCCUGGAGAGAAAGAAGAAGGAACUACAUUAGCCCCUGGAGAGAAAGAAGAAGGAACUACAUCGGCUCCAGGAGAAGAAGAAGAAGGAACUACAUCGGCUCCUGGAGAGAAAGAAGAAGGAACUACAUCAGCUCCUGGAGAGAAAGAAGAAGGAACUACAUUAGCUCCUGGAGGAGAAGAAGAAGGAACUACAUCAGCUCCUGGAGAGAAAGAAGAAGGAACUACAUCAGCUCCUGGAGAAGAAGAAGAAGGAACUACAUUAGCCCCUGGAGAGAAAGAAGAAGGAACUACAUCGGCUCCUGGAGAGAAAGAAGAAGGAACUACAUCAGCUCCUGGAGAGAAAGAAGAAGGAACUACAUCGGCUCCUGGAGAGAAAGAAGAAGGAACUACAUUAGCCCCUGGAGAGAAAGAAGAAGGAACUACAUCGGCUCCAGGAGAAGAAGAAGAAGGAACUACAUCGGCUCCUGGAGAGAAAGAAGAAGGAACUACAUCAGCUCCAGGAGGAGAAGAAGAAGGAACUACAUCGGCUCCAGGAGGAGGAGAAGAAGGAACUACAUCGGCUCCUGGAAAGAAAGAAGAAGGAACUACAUCAGCUCCUGGAGAGAAAGAAGAAGGAACUACAUCGGCUCCUGGAGAGAAAGAAGAAGGAACUACAUCAGCUCCUGGAGAGAAAGAAGAAGGAACUACAUCAGCUCCUGGAGGAGAAGAAGAAGGAACUACAUCGGCUCCUGGAGAGAAAGAAGAAGGAACUACAUCGGCUCCUGGAGAGAAAGAAGAAGGAACUACAUCAGCUCCUGGAGAGAAAGAAGAAGGAACUACAUCGGCUCCUGGAGAGAAAGAAGAAGGAACUACAUCAGCUCCUGGUGGAGGAGAAGAAGGAACUACAUCAGCUCCUGGAGAGAAAGAAGAAGGAACUACAUCAGCUCCAGGUGGAGGAGAAGAAGGAACUACAUCGGCUCCUGGAGAGAAAGAAGAAGGAACUACAUCGGCUCCAGGUGUAGGAGAAGAAGGAACUACAUCAGCUCCUGGUGGAGGAGAAGAAGGAACUACAUCGGCUCCUGGAGAGAAAGAAGAAGGAACUACAUCAGCUCCAGGUGGAGUAGAAGAAGGAACUACAUCAGCUCCUGGAGAGAAAGAAGAAGGAACUACAUCGGCUCCUGGAGAGAAAGAAGAAGGAACUACAUCGGCUCCUGGAGGGAAAGAAGAAGGAACUACAUCAGCCCCUGGAGAGAAAGAAGAAGGAACUACAUCGGCUCCUGGAGAGAAAGAAGAAGGAACUACAUCAGCUCCAGGUGGAGGAGAAGAAGGAACUACAUCGACUCCUGGAGAGAAAGAAGAAGGAACUACAUCAGCUCCAGGUGGAGGAGAAGAAGGAACUACAUCAACUCCAGGUGGAGGAGAAGAGGGAACUACAUCAGCUCCUGGAGAGAAAGAAGAAGAAACUACAUCGGCUCCAGGAGUGAAAAAAGAAGGAACUACAUCGGCUCCUGGAGAGAAAGAAGAAGGAACUACAUCGGUUCCUGGAGAAGAAAAAGAAGGAACCACAACAACACCGGGUGAAGGAGAAGAAGAAGGAACUACAUCGGCUCCUGGAGAGAAAGAAGAAGGAACUACAUCAGCUCCUGGAGGAGAAGAAGAAGGAACUACAUCAGCACCUGAAGGAAAGGAAGAAGGAACUACAUCGGCUCCUGGUGGAGGAGAAGAAGGAACUACAUCAGCUCCUGGAGAGAAAGAAGAAGGAACUACAUCGGCUCCUGGAGAGAAAGAAGAAGGAACUACAUCAGCCCCUGGAGAGAAAGAAGAAGGAACUAAAUCAGCUCCUGGAGAGAAAGAAGAAGGAACUACAUCAGCUCCUAGAGAGAAAGAAGAAGGAACUACAUCGGCUCCUGGAGAGAAAGAAGAAGGAACUACAUCAGCUCCUGGAGAGAAAGAAGAAGGAACUACAUCAGCCCCUGGAGAGAAAGAAGAAGGAACUACAUCAGCUCCUGGAGAGAAAGAAGAAGGAACUACAUCGGCUCCAGGAGGAGGAGAAGAAGAAGGAACAACAUCAGCUCCUGAAGGAGAGAAAGAAGGAACUACAUCAGCUCCUGGAGGAGAGAAAGAAGGAACUACAUCAGCUCCUGGAGGAGAGAAAGAAGGAACUACAUCAGCUCCUGGAGGAGAGAAAGAAGGAACAACAUCAGCUCCUGGAGGAGAGAAAGAAGGAACUACAUCAGCUCCUGGAGGAGAGAAAGAAGGAACAACAUCAGCUUCUGGAGGAGAGAAAGAAGGAACUACAACAGCUCCUGGAGGAGAGAAAGAAGGAACUACAUCAGCUCCUGGAGGAGAGAAAGAAGGAACAACAUCAGCUCCUGGAGGAGAGAAAGAAGGAACAACAUCAGCUCCUGGAGGAGAGAAAGAAGGAACAACAUCAGCUCCUGGAGGAGAGAAAGAAGGAACAACAUCAGCUCCUGGAGGAGAGAAAGAAGGAACUACAUCAGCUCCAGGUGGAGGAGAAGAAGGAACUACAUCGACUCCUGGAGAGGAAGAAGAAGGAACUACAUCAGCUCCAGGUGGAGGAGAAGAAGGAACUACAUCAGCUCCAGGUGGAGGAGAAGAGGGAACUACAUCAGCUCCUGGAGAGAAAGAAGAAGAAACUACAUCGGCUCCAGGAGUGAAAAAAGAAGGAACUACAUCGGCUCCUGGAGAGAAAGAAGAAGGAACUACAUCGGUUCCUGGAGAAGAAAAAGAAGGAACCACAACAAUACCGGGUGAAGGAGAAGAAGAAGGAACUACAUCGGCUCCUGGAGAGAAAGAAGAAGGAACUACAUCAGCUCCUGGAGGAGAAGAAGAAGGAACUACAUCAGCACCUGAAGGAAAGGAAGAAAGAACUACAUCGGCUCCUGGUGGAGGAGAAGAAGGAACUACAUCAGCUCCUGGAGAGAAAGAAGAAGGAACUACAUCGGCUCCUGGAGAGAAAGAAGAAGGAACUACAUCAGCCCCUGGAGAGAAAGAAGAAGGAACUAAAUCAGCUCCUGGAGAGAAAGAAGAAGGAACUACAUCAGCUCCUAGAGAGAAAGAAGAAGGAACUACAUCGGCUCCUGGAGAGAAAGAAGAAGGAACUACAUCAGCUCCUGGAGAGAAAGAAGAAGGAACUACAUCAGCCCCUGGAGAGAAAGAAGAAGGAACUACAUCAGCUCCUGGAGAGAAAGAAGAAGGAACUACAUCAACCCCUGGAGAGAAAGAAGAAGGAACUAAAUCAGCUCCUGGAGAGAAAGAAGAAGGAACUACAUCAGCUCCUAGAGAGAAAGAAGAAGGAACUACAUCAGCUCCUGGAGGAGAGAAAGAAGGAACUACAUCAGCUCCUGGAGGAGAGAAAGAAGGAACAACAUCAGCUCCUGGAGGAGAGAAAGAAGGAACUACAUCAGCUCCUGGAGGAGAGAAAGAAGGAACAACAUCAGCUUCUGGAGGAGAGAAAGAAGGAACUACAACAGCUCCUGGAGGAGAGAAAGAAGGAACUACAUCAGCUCCUGGAGGAGAGAAAGAAGGAACAACAUCAGCUCCUGGAGGAGAGAAAGAAGGAACAACAUCAGCUCCUGGAGGAGAGAAAGAAGGAACUACAUCAGCUCCUGGAGGAGAGAAAGAAGGAACAACAUCAGCUCCUGGAGGAGAGAAAGAAGGAACAACAUCAGCUCCUGGAGGAGAGAAAGAAGGAACUACAUCAGCUCCUGGAGGAGAGAAAGAAGGAACUACAACAGCUCCUGGAGGAGAGAAAGAAGGAACAACAUCAGCUCCUGGAGGAGAGAAAGAAGGAACAACAUCAGCUCCUGGAGGAGAGAAAGAAGGAACAACAUCAGCUCCUGGAGGAGAGAAAGAAGGAACAACAUCAGCUCCUGGAGGAGAGAAAGAAGGAACAACAUCAGCUCCUGGAGGAGAGAAAGAAGGAACUACAUCAGCUCCUGGAGGAGAGAAAGAAGGAACUACAUCAGCUCCUGGAGGAGAGAAAGAAGGAACUACAUCAGCUCCUGGAGGAGAGAGAGAAGGAACAACAUCAGCUCCUGGAGGAGAGAAAGAAGGAACUACAUCAGCUCCUGGAGGAGAGAAAGAAGGAACAACAUCAGCUCCUGGAGGAGAGAAAGAAGGAACUACAUCAGCUCCUGUAGGAGAGAAAGAGGGAACUACAUCAGCUCCUGGAGGAGAGAAAGAAGGAACUACAUCAGCUCCUGGAGGAGUUAAAGAAGGAACUACAUCAGCUCCUAAAGGUGAGAUUCAUUCUCACUUUUAUUUCUCGUUUAACAAAAUGCAGUUUUCGAUAUCAAUUUCAAUUCCAAAGGACCAGAAGUUUCUCCGAUUCCUAUUGGUAAGAUACCCUUAGCUUUUGACAUGCUAUCACGGAUUUAAUAUUUUUUUCAAUUUUUCCGUGUCGAAAGAAAAUGAACUUGUAAACCUCUUACUAGUUGUCCAAAUGUACGUUAGUAAUCGAUGGGGAAUGUAAUGGCAGGCAAAAAUUAUAGUCGGUUUUACAUUUCUAAAUUGUGUUGGCUCUAAGUGGUUUAAAUAACGAGCCUCUGUUUUGUAUCUGCAGAGAAACCAACUCCUGAAGGGCCAGAACCAGGUAAUAGUUUCUAGCCAUGGAAUCUUUGUCUUUAGUGACGUUCUUCAAAAACCAUAGCAAGUUUCUUGCGUUUAUUAUUACGAAUCUAUGGGAAAUAAAUCUACGUAUCAAAGACGGAAGCACCAGGCCGACCAAAAACAUAAUCAUAGGCUCAUUUCACAUUUUUUUUCUAUAUUGGGAGGGACAAAUGGCGGAAUGGGUAUAAUCUCUUUUUUUAUUAUUAAUCAAAGCUAUAACAACUGAAGAUUUAAGUGUUGUUUUAAGAAAACGUACGACUGAUAUCUAAUUUCUUUCUCAAAUUUUGUCAUAGUUUUGAUUAAUUGGUAACAGGACUUCGUGUCGUCCAAUUCUGUCUGUAAUCAUGGCCGCUUCGCGGUCGUCCGGGUUUGCUAAUCACUCGUAUGAUUACGGAAUGUAUUGGACUCCGCUCGGUCCUAUUACCAUUAUCAAUAAUUUUAUCUCUGUACGGUAGAUUCCAGAGUCUGAUUUGUUCUUCACACGUCAGUUUCCGUGUCACGAGGAUAUUCGAUUAAACGUUAAUGAUGAUGAUAGUUGAUUAUAAUGAUAGUUGCAACUCUUGAUCGUGUAGUUUAAUCGUAGAGUAAUAGUAUUUGUGAAAGGGCUCCGUUUGCUAAUUAGUGCUCCAACACACUAAUAAAAGGAUAAAAGGAAGUCAUCAUUAUAUUUUCUAGAUUGAUAUAUCAAAUUUUUAUACAAAGAAGGAUACCUAUACUACGGCCAGUUAUGUCAGUCGCUCCCUGACUGCUCGCAUUUCAUUUUUCUAUUUUCUAUACUACAUUUAAGCCAAUUUUUAUCUUUUGAUUACUUGUUGGACCUAUUGACGUCUUCCCCAUUCAUUAAAGAAAUUCCAUGUGAGGACAAUCCUCUCGGAGCGAAGGAAGAUGGAAAAUUGCUUGACUCAAGCUUCACUGCUACGUCAAGUUAUGCUGAAUUUCAACCCUUCAAUGGUCGGUUGAAUGGUCCAUUGGCGUGGUGUGCCGAAGGGACUGGCGCAGGACAAGAGUAUUUACAGAUUCACGUACCGGAUGCAGAAGCCAUUUGUGCUAUUGCUCUUCAAGGGACUGGUUUUGGAGGCGGAAAUGAACAUGUGACGCAGUUUUACUUGGAAUAUUCCAUCGAUGGCAGUCUGUGGGAUACAUUAGCGGAUAAGGAUGGAAAUUUGAAGGUGAAGGCGAGAGUUCUCUUUUUUGUGUGUAACGUUAGGGGAUCAGCAAAAGCAGUAACAGUAACAAUUAUGAUGAUGUGAGGAGGAAGAACAAGAAGAAGAAGAGGGAAAAACUGUUUUAUUCAAGUCAAUGUUUAGACGUCUGAUGACUGAAUUACUUGCGCUAAGGGAGUGGUCAUUAUUCAUCGGCCGCGGGGGUGGGGGAAGGGGGGUUUCGGAGGAUUUUGGAGUGUCACAACUCAAUUCAUCUGAUCCCUCUCUAAGGCUCUUUAGAAUUCUAGUGACCCCCCCUUUGGUAGUCCGUUUUCUAUGGUCUCUCCCCCCCCCCCCCACCUCUAUACUCUGUUGGCGAAGACUGAUCCCCCGUUUUCCCUUGAAAACUACGUAUUCCCCAAAAUCUCUCCCCCCUCCACCCCCUCAGGCGAAAAACGAUGACUGGUCUUAACGCGGAUACAACGAAAUAAUUCCAAAUAUAUCUAUAGAACUAUUUACAUGUUGUAACUUUAACUAUGGCGUAUAAUGAAUGACUUCUUGAUACAGUCAGUGGUAUAGUGAAUGACUUCUUGAUAUAGUCAGGUGUAUAGAGAAUGACUUCAUGAUACAGUCAGUUUUACAAACCAAAAAAGAACGGUAAUAGUAGAGAUGUAGUGUACAUUGAUGCUGUCGAAUGAGAUAAAUGUUUACAAAAAGUGGGGCCGUGAUGUAAAAAUAUGUGAUCAUAAAUUUAUCUGUUUUUGUUGAACAGGUGUUCGAAGGCAAUGAAGAUUCCAAAACUACAAUAAAAAGAGUGUUAUUGGUUCCCGUCGAGGCAAAAUACAUUCGAAUUGUCCCAGUGUCUUACGACGGAUGGCCGUGUUUGAGAGUAGAGCUGUAUGGAAAAGGUAAUUUGUAUCUGUCUAAACCGGCUUUCGGCUCAAACUACCGCGGUGAAAUUUCACGGAGACAUUUUUACGAUAUACACAAUCAUUAUUUUAAUUUCAAAUUUUGCAUUGGAAUCCCUACUGACGUGAAAAAUUGAGGAAUAGAUUAAAAAUCUUUAGGAAAAACUCUCCGAAACAAUAAACUAUUCUAGAAACCCAUUUCGAUGACCUCUGUCUGACAUAUGCUAAACAAGAAUUGCAAUAAUUCGAGGGGGAAGUGUUUAAAAUUGAAGGGUAAUCGUAGUGCGUAUUAACGGGUUAAGACUGCAUACUUUACUAUAAAAUCGCUUUUUAACAAAUGUGCUCUCUUUGUCUUUUACAGAAAGGAAACAAAAAGCACCUUUCGGAGGUAGGAGAGAAGACAUUUAAGAGUAUAUAAGUAUUCAUUAGACUUCUUAGCCGCAUGAUUUUAUUCCUAUUGUGCAAGGAUUAAAAACGAUCAUGCCUGCCUUUCCUUAGCGACGUUUUGAUCUACCUCGCCUUGGUGUUGUUUGGAAUGUGUAUUUCAAUCGAGUCAUAGUCAUGUACCGACUUGAGGCAGGAAAAGCAUGGAUGAAAAAACUGUUCUUCUUUGAGAGUUAUCAAUAACGUUUAAACCUUUUUCCGGUAAAAAUGUUGCUUUAUUGCCGGAUAGUUAGAAGUUUUCCGGAAACCACAGAACCGCGCAUAACAAUUCAAAGGAUUUGCGGACAGAUAACUGUUCGUAAAUGGAAGCUAAAUGGGAACAUGCACAGGGCAUUGGUAUGAGCUCCCCUGAUGCUACAUGUAUUUUUGGGAGCUAACCUCCAAAACUGUCGUCUAUUGAGGGUUACGUUUAUCAUGGCUUAUGUCCUAACUUUCAAAAUCUUACUGUCUCUUAACUCACCAAAUAACACUUAAAAUUCUGAUUCGAACCGGAAGCUACCUCGUCAAAGGGGCAUGUUGGUGCCACCACGUUAUUUGGCAAUGUUAGUACUAAUAGAGAAGAACUUUAGGAAAUGGUUAGUCAAAAAAAAAAAAUCAUUUGGAAUUUUUUGGAUUUUGGUGUCUAAUUUUUCAUUUCUUGACAUGCUCUUAUUAAUUUCAACUUUCUUAUCUUUUCUUCUCCAAAGUAGUAGAAGAGAUUACCUCUCCUCCCAAAGGUGAGAUACAUUAAUAUUUUGACUUUUGAUUUGCGGUUUUUCAUUUCACAACAUGCCUUUCUAGAUAUCAACUUUGGGAGAAGAAGAAACUACAUCGUCUCCUGGAAAAGGCGGGACGACUAUUGAUAAUUGAUCUUUAUGGUUCACCAUUCACGAAUUUUGAACUUUCUUUUUCUUGAUUUGUAUGUUCUUAAUGAGAAGAAGAAACUAGUUCGGCUUCUGAAGGUAAAACAGGUCCUAAUGUUAAUUGUUAACCUCGCAACAUGCACAAUAACUAACUCAUUUAUUUCUCCUAUCUGAAAGAAGAAGAAAAAACUCCCGGGCCACCUGGUGAAGGUAGGUAGAGAUACUCCUUGAUACUUCAUCUUUAUCGCACAGCAUACGCGCAUUUUCGCAUUUUUUAGUUUUCGUUACUUACCUUUGAUCUAACAUCAUGCCAAAUUAAUUUAAACCCCUUUAAUCAAAGGAAAAGGAGAAACUUCAUCGCCUCCUGGAAGAGGAGAAGUAAUAACACCGCCUCCUACAGGUGAGGAACCUUUUGUCAAUUUCGAUUCCUAUAGGUAGGAUACCCUUUGGUUGUAUUUCAAUUUUCUAACAUUUAACAAAAAAAUAGCUCUAUGAACGUGUUUGGGAAAUAUUCUGAUGAAAAUCUCUCCUUUUGUAAGAAAUUCCAUGCGAAGAUAAUGGUCUCGGGGCAAAGGAAGGUGGAAAAUUGCCCGAUUCAAGCUUUACAGCACUUUCAAGUCACGGUACACGUUACUAUCCCUCUUUUGGUCGGUUGAAUGGUCCGUCAGCUUGGUGUCCUAUGACCAAUCGUGAUCAGUAUCUUCAGAUUCAUGUGCCGGAUGCGCGAGUCAUUUGUGCCGUUGCGGUUCAAGGUUUUGAGAAUUUGAAUGAAUAUGUUACGAGUUUCUCAGUAACCUACUCAGUGGAUGGGAAUAAGUGGUUAACAUUUACAGAUGUCAAGGGCGAAAAGGAAAAGGUAUUAUUGAUAACUUAAAAGAAAAUAUAAACGGGAAAUAAGAACUAAGCUGGCCCUCCUCCACUGAAACAAACCCUUACCCAUCCCCACUUCCUAAAGUUUACUGAGGGUCUCAAUGGGGUGAUGGCUUUUACGGCUAACGGUUAAAAUUUUGUUCAAUGUACGGAUGACGAUUAAUAUCAAUCCACUGUGGUCAACAGAGAGAAAAUUUCACCGUUAAUCUUUUUUUUUCACUUGACUAAGAAAUAAGUGACAGAUCUUUGAAUUGAAUUGUGCUUUAUAAACCCUUCAAAAUAAAAAAAUGCAACGAUAACGGUAACGAUAAUUAUACUGCUGUGCUGUGGACGAGCAGGAGUGUCAGUUGAAAAUAAACGGUUAUAUCAGGGACAUUGAAAGUGAUAACAGUCACGGUUAAUAACGGCCGCUGUAGACGAGCAGGAGUGUAAUUGAAAGUAAACGGUUAUACCAGGGACAUUGAAACUGGUCACGGUCAUGGUUAGGGUAAAUAUAACGGUCGGUAUCGAUCACGACAACGCCAACUUUGUGAUAACUGUUAACGUAACGAAAAUGAAGACGACAGUCUAUAUAGUGCAAUGUUGAGUGAUUUUUUGUCAAAGAGGUACAUACAUUUCAUUGCUUUCUCCAUGUGCGGUUUAGCUUUACAUGAUAAACAGAUUUUAAUGUUUUCAAUGAUUGAAGUAUGCUGUAAUUUUACGUUGUCACCCAAUUGGUCUUUUAUUUGUUAAACAGGUGUUUGAAGGCAACAAGGAUGCUACAUCCAUUGUAAAACAAGAAUUUCCAGCUCCUGUGAGAGCCCAGUACAUUCGAAUUUACCCAGUUUCCUAUGAGGAAUGGCCUUGUUUGAGAGUAGAACUGUAUGGCAAAGGUAACCUAGGCUUGACAUUUAUUGCUAGUUACAUGGAAAAACCCGAAGCCAACGCUGUUUUUCCCUAACGAUUACCUUGAUGCAGAGGUAAAUCUGUGAGAAAAUCUCUGUAGAUUACUCUCAUACGGAAACCUGUUGAUAAUUAACAAUUCACCAAAGAGGACAUCUACCUUUCCAGUCGCGGCUCGGUAGAUUUCCGCACUUGCGACUGACGCUGAGGUGAAUAGCAGUUUUAGUAUAUACUUAAACAGUGAGAUAACAAAGCACAAAAAGAUGAUUCUAAAUCAGUUAUUCCUGCAAUCAUUGCAAUAUUUUCCUGCGCGAGUUGCACAGAGGUGAAUAACAAAGGAUAUCCGGAGUUUGAGUAGCCAAUCAGAGCGCGCCUUUAUUGCUAUCCAUUGUUUUAGUAUAAACUGAAUGACUCAACAGUAAUUUGUGCUGAUUUAAAGAGCUCAAAGAAUCAAAUAUUUUAAUGAGAAAUUCAUCGUGCAUCGAAAGCGUUUCGUUUGUUUCGAAGCAGCGAAGAAAAAUAAAAGAGCUCCUCAAACACCAACUACGAGAAAAAUUGGAAACGAAAUAAACUGUAAUAAAAGCUUUCACGUGAUUCCUUCGAGGGUGGUAAAAAGAUCUGAAAGGAGUAUUGAGAGAAUCAGGACAUAUCUUAUUGGUGUUAUCAUCUUUUUAUAUGUCAAAUAUAGCUACUCCGCUUGCUGAUCAUAGAGGUACAUGUUUACUGACUGCUAAUUUUUUUUCGCAGAAACUGAGGAAGCGAAACCUACAGCACCAGGUGAUUUUCCCCAAAAAGCGAAAGCUGCUGAAAAAAUAAUGAACAACACUUUAUUGUGAUUGCAAAGCAGCGUUCAGUACUCAGGCAGUUACUACUAAAUUUUCUUCUUGAAAUAAUUGCUCCAAAAAAAAACAUGAUUAUCGUAUUUUUACACUUUAACAAGUUAUAUGCUAUAACUGCCUUCAAAUGCAUUCCACUAUCACCAAGAUGAUAACCAUAUAUAUACAUAAAACUUCGAUUUAAGAGGCAAAUUCCAUCUGAAAUACAUAUAUGCGUUUGUAGCUUUAAAUUAAAUUUUCAGAAAAUACUAUGAUUUCUUUGUCAAGAGAAAAGAAAACUUCUUUGCGUUCUAAAUAGAAUGCCCGUAUCACAAUUAAUCGUUUUGCAAUCUUUCUUUCUAGGAGAGGAAAAAGUUACUUCGCUUCCUGGAGGUAAGUAAUCUUAUAAUGAUCAUUUUACAUCUCGUAACAAAAACUUAAUGUAUCUCCUUAUUUUCUUUUAUUUGUUUGUUUUAUUCACACAAUAUUUUGAAUGACUUGCCUUUCUCUUUCUUUUUUCAAAGGAGGAGAAAUAAUUCCCCCGCCUGGUGAAGGUGAGGCAUUUGUGUGUAUAUAUAUUUAUAUAUAUUAUGAGAGGAAAAAAGGACGCAACUACAUUUCCCGACAAGCCUGUUUCGUGAAUCGCUUCACUCUUCAGGGGUUUAAUACAUAGCAUGUAUGGAAACUAACUUCGUAUUCUAUUCUUUUUCAAAGUUAAAGAAAAAACCACUGCACCUCCCAGUAAAGGUGAGGCAACUUCUAACAUUUUUUCUUUAUUGUGCAGCAUGCAAAAUUAUUAAUAUAUCCCAUUCUUUUUAUGUGAGGAGACUGAGAGGUUACUACCUCUUCCCCCAAAUGAGAGACAGCUUGUAAUGCACGAAUAUAAAACUCUUUUAAAACCUUAGAGGGAUUAUCUCUUAUUUACCUAAAAUAUUCUUAACUGAAUUCCGCUUUAAAAAGUUUGAAAAUUAAAUAGUUCAUCAUAUUUGAAGGAAUUCCCAGGAGUCUGCCAGUAAAAUACAAUCUCAGCGCAAUUACGUCAAUCCAUGGUAUUUUUCUUUCCAAGAAAUCCCAUGCGAGUAUAAUGCUCUUGGGGCGGAGGAAGGUGGAAAGUUAACCAAGGCAAGCUUCACUGCAACCUCUACUUACGCAAACGAGUUGCAAUCUUUCAAUGGUCGCUUGAAUGGACCAUUCGCCUGGUGCCCCGCUGACUUAUUCGUUGGGCAAGAGUAUCUACAGAUUCACGUACCGGAAGCGGAAACCGUCUGUGCCAUUGCUCUUCAAGGGAGUGGAGUCGAGAAAGCAAAGGAAUAUGUCACAGAAUACUUUGUGAAAUAUUCAGUUGAUGGUGAAAAGUGGGACGAAAUUAAGGACGGAGAAGGAAAUUUGAAGGUAUAGUUGUCUCCUAAAACUGUGUAAAAUGCCUUCAAUGGGAGUAGAUCUUUUAAUAACGACAAUGAAGACAACCGUUGCGGUUAGGAUGUUUAUAAAUUCGAUUAUAAAGUCUGACCUUUUGGAUGAGAACAGCCCUGAGAAAGACUAUUGUCAAUAAUAAUGACCAGGGUUUGUUGAGUCAAACCUUCUACCAAAUUUAAAUGAAGUUUAAGACGUCACUGCGGCGACAUAAGGAAAACAUUGCCGAAAAAACGAUCUUUUUUUUUUCCCAAGAAUUUCGUGAGUAGCUCCAUGCGUUUACUGUUUCUGACGGUGCGACACCUUCCCAUCGGCAUAUCAUGUGAAUGUAGUAUUUUCAGUGUUGGGUUCAAAGUAAAAGCUUGACUAAACGGCUGUCGAAGUUUCCCAGCUAAAAAGACGCAAAAGUUCGUGAUCUCAUGUUUUUGUUCUGUAAGGACGGCUAAGAAAUGUACAAACAUUUCAAAAAGUUUUAAAACGCACGUGCAGCGCUAUUGUUUUGUUCAUUAGAUCUUUUGUUCCGCUCCGUUCUCGUAGCCGUCGCCAUUGUGCUCUUCUUUAAGUCGCUAAUAAACGUACUGCUGAUGAUUAAUUCUAAACUCAGCUGUGAGGAUAACAGUAUAAUAGCUGCAACUAUAGCCAGCAUCUAUAUCAAAUUUUUUGUCUACCUAUGAACCAUAGAGAAAUCUCUUCCGCGUGUCUGCUCGUCUCAUGCUCGCGUGUCAUUCGUGUUCAUCCAACAAUGUUUUUGCAUUCCGACGUUAUGUAUAUUAAUGCUACCAUCCAAUAUUGUUUACCUUAUUUUUGAAAAUCCUUUACAGUUAUUCGAGGGCACGGAUAGUCCUAAAGAGAUAUCCAAACAAGUUUUACCAGUUCCUGUAAAGGCCCACUACGUUCGCAUUUACCCACUGUCAUAUGAGAGUUGGCCAUGUUUGAGAGUUGAGCUAUAUGGAAAAGGUACUCACUUUCUUUUAGCCUUCAGAAACUGCUUUAGUCUUCGCCACUGAUCAGAAAAAAAUCAAGCAUGUCAUUCUCCUCUCAAUUUCCCAAAAUAGAGGAAAAGUGAUGGAGAAAGCCGUUAGUUUUAUGCCGAAGAAAAUUUCAUUAUGUAUGAGAAAACGUUUUGUCACAUCCAAAAACUUAAAUUCCAGUGGUGCUGACCAGGCAUAUUUUCUUUAUUUCUUACAGAAAGGCAACGAGCACCCUCCGAAACAGGUAUGAGGAAUAAUGCUAGAAAAGCCCUCACUUAACUUAUGGCUGUCGUAUUUACUCCACUGAACGCUGCUACAGAAAAAUUGCCAAUCUUCGCAGUAAUGAACACUACUUAAGCAGUAGUGAAAAUAAAGCCUGAAAAAAUUUAGGCCUGAACUAGAUUUGAACCCAUGACCUCUGCGAUACCGACGCAGUGCUCUACCAAUUGAAAACUGGUCAUUAUUUUGGUUCCAAAUAAACACGUGAAGUGAUGAAUAUAUGACAGUGAAUAAAUAAAAAUCAUAUAUGUGAACUGCGGUGUUUCAAGAAAUGAAUAUUAAAGCGAUCUUCGCAGUAUUGAACACUACUUAAGCAGUAGUAAAAAUGAGGCUUGAAAAAAUUCAGGCCUCUAUGGGAUUUAAACCCAUGACCUCUGUGAUGCCGUCUGCAGUGCCCUAUCAACUGAGUUAACAAACCAACUGGAAGCUGGAUUCAAAUCCCGUACGGCGGCCUUACUUACCUAACUGUCACUAUUGCCUAAGUAGUGUUCAUUACUGCGAAGAUCACUCUCGUAUUCAUUACCUCAUCCACAGUUCACAUAUAUGAUUUUCAUAUAUUCACUAUCAAGAAAGGGACACUUUUCCAGCAAAUGCAUUGAAAACAUGAAUCCAUAGCUCCUUGUGGCUCAGUAGUAAAGCAUCGAAGGUCUGAGGUUAGAUUCGUCGUGGAGACUUACAUUUUUCUUUGUUCCACGUUCGCGAGGCGGAGAAAAACAUGUUUCUUCACGUUUAUCUCUUGAAAUGAGCGUGGUAUAAAGAUAAAUUCUGAUCUGGUGUAUGAAAAUAGAUUAGGAAAGAUGGUAAAAUCCGUCAUCGACGAUCGAACUUGAUCACGUGAAACAAAACUUUGUCACGAACGUGCAGCGAAGAGAAAGAGAUCGAGUCCCUGAAGAAUAAUGUCGUGGAAGACUGAGGGAACAUUCCUUUUUUGUCGCCUCCUUUAUUUUAGAAAAUGAGGUGGAAGUCGGUAAAUAAUUAGAGGGUUACAAUCUAAAUUACUUUCCUGUUAGUUGCUUUUCUUUUCUUUUGUUUUCUUUUCUUCCUUCUGAGAAGAAAAAAACUACUACGCCUAACGGUAAAUGUAGGAUAAUUUUUAUUUGUAAGUUUUCACAACAUCCUCGGACACUAACUUCUUAUGCUUUGCUUUCACAAAGGAGGAGAAGAAACUACCUCCCAUCCUGUUAAAGGUGAGUAAAUUUUGGUUUUCUAUUUUUCACCUCUUCCUGGACGGGUACUAACUCUGUAUUCCAUAUUUUUUCAAAUUAAAGGUGAAGAAACUACUUCGCCCCCUGGUGAAGGUGAGACAAUUUGGUAUUGCUGUUGUUUAUUUCUUCCUGCUCGGAUACUAACUUCGUUUUUUCUUGUUUCUCAAAGGUGAAGGUGAAACUACAGAGUUGCAGUGUGAUCCUGUCGGCGCAGCAUAUGGAGGUACCCUGCCGGACUCAAGUUUUUCGGCUUCCUCUGACAGCGGAGACGAUUACAGCGCGUCCAAAGCUAGAUUGAAUGGUCCCUUGGCAUGGUGCCCAGCAGAUAAUUCAAAACCAGGCGAUUACCUUCAGAUUGAAUUACCAACUGAAAUGUCAGUUUGUGCUAUUGAAACGCAAGGUUUUGGCAGCUUUGGAGUAUGGGUCAAAAGGUUUACUGUUGCGAUAUCCCCAGACGGUCAGGAAUGGGAAACAAUGGUAAGAGUGCCUUAUACGAGGGUCUUGAUAAAGUGAUGGCUUUUAUGGCAAACGGUUAAAAUUUGUCAAUUUUUACGCCUAAUGGCUUCAUCAAUUUUUGCCCGUUUUACGGAUAAUGGUUAAACCCACUAAGACUCUUAUAUACGAUCUAAAACCUACAUCGUGGAGAUUUAAGAUAAGAAUGCAAAAGUUAUAAUGAAUAUUUAAGGAGAGCGUACAGAAAGGAAAUUUGCCAUCUUUCGUAUUCUGUUUACACGCAUGACGCUUUCGACAUUGCCGAUCCUAACAGUAUGCUGGAUGCGUGACACACAUGAACCUCGUAAUCAAAAUAGUUUAAUUCACCAACGAGAACACAUUUGGCUGAGUAGUGGCAGAGCAUCAGAGCGCGAAAUCUGAGAGUCUGAGGUUCGGUUCCUCAUGGGGACUCGGAACUUUUUUUCUUUGUCCAACGCUCGUGACCAGACGAUAAAACAAGCAUCCUAGUCUUUUUAUGAUUCCAUCUUUCUUACCCUGUUUCAAACGGUAAGUUACACAUAUUUCAUGUUUUUUUAGGUUAUGGAGGGGAACGUAAAUCCAACUGACCCAUCAAUUCAGAGAUUUCCAAAACCCAUCCAUGGGCAGUUUGUUCGUAUUUACCCAAUGCUGUAUGAAACAUACCCAUGUAUGAAGGUGGAAAUAUACGCAAUAGGUAAGAAAAUUGACUACUCUCAUAAACUGCUCGUAAAAUUCAAAGGAAUUGUUAGGGGUAAUCAUAUGAUUUGGAGCGUAAUUUGGGAUAACUCAGCACAAGUAAUUUUUUUAAAGGCUAACCAAAUUGUUCGACCCCGUAAGGCUGAUUCAUUUCAAAUUGUUCAAGAAAAAUCAUGCGAUUACUUGUUAAUAAUAUAUGAAUGUGAAUAAAUGAAAAUUAUAUAUGUGAACUGCGGCAUAAGAAAUGAAUAUGAAGGCGAUCUUCGCAGUAAUAAACACUUCGUGAGUAGUAGUGAAAAUAAGGCCUGUAAAAAAUUCAGGUUUGUAUGGGAUUUGAACCUGUGACCUUUGCGAUACCGGUGCAGUACUCUACCAACUAAGCUAACAAGCUGUCUGAGACCUAUUUCUUUUUUUUUGGCAAUAUGGAAAGUUGGUUAAGCCUUUACACCCUAACAUCAGUAUACAUAUUCUCCAUACUGUUCUCUAUACAUUUCCUAAGGCGCUGACUGAGAGAAUUUGUUUAACAAUCAAGAGCUUGUUAAUUUGGUGAUCAUUUUCUUCAUUCGCGUGACCUUAAUGAGUGAUUCAGGGGUGAUGAAGAAAGGAGAAAAUAGGUACUAAUCAGGUCUUAGGGGUCAAAGGGUUGAAUAAUAACCGUUGUCGCUUGGGAGGAAGGCACCCAACAAAAGAUUGGGUUGUAGUCUCUAGUUCAAACAAGAUGUUUUCUGGUGUAGUCUGAUCUUCCGGGUGAGAUUUGACUUAAAAAGGAAAGUUUAUCGAUAAGAGUGAUUAACGUUUCGGUGACAACCUGAGCGAAAGUCAACAUCAGUUUGAUGGUUGAAUAUUUUAAGUCUGGUUAGCAAAAACUUAUCAGUCAGUCUCCCGUGAGUCAGUCCUGAUUGGUCAGUUUAAAUCCAAAUGUGACGUCGGGUGAUUCUGUUUGUUCUGUCCGUUUCGUGAGUUGAUGUCGUGAAUGAGUCGUUUGUGUGCUGUCGAUAGUUGUUGACAUUUGUCGAGAAGGUUCUGUUGUAAUUUACGAAGAAACCCAGCUUCCUAAAGUUUGUUGUAAAAAGACAGGAAUAGAUAGAAUUGGAACCAUUAUGAUGAGGAAGAGCGAAGACUGAUUUGUUUCACUAAUCUAAGGAAGUAAGGAAAAAACAUUGAAAAUACAAAGAAACCAUGUCGUAGCUUUUUAAGUCUCUGAAAUGUUGAAGCACUGUCCUACAAUGUCAUGGGUAGAUGGAUCAUAAUGAGACCAGAACGAGCUGAAUUAAAGCAAUCUGUACAUUUCUGUUCGUUCACAUCCUUCAACAUCAUUACAAAAUUAUCCCUUUACCUGCAACUGCAACUGAAUUGUUUACUUCUCCUCCACGAGAUGAGUUUCUCUUUUCAUUUUCCUUGCUUAAUUUUCUAUGAUUUUUCCUUCAUUCUUUCAGCGACUGAAAAGUUUCCUCACCCAAAAGGUAAAAAUAUUGAUUAAUAACAAGGGAAAAUGAUCCCUUUAAUAUCUAUUGCUAAUAAUAUAUCAAACAACUCGUAAAAAGAAGACCUAUUUGGCGUGCCAUUUUAGCGCAUCGCUGAAUGCAUUGAAAUCGUGUCUUUAAAUUUCCAAAUUGAAGGCCAAAAAAUCAAAAAGGUUACAAAACGAGUAGAGCAGAUUAGUCUGUGCGGUGAAUUUGAUCAGAGCAUCUUAAUUAUUUAUCGAUUAUUUAUUGAUCUACGUAUCGAUUACUGUGAUUUGUUUAAAGACCAAAUAGUUAUGCGUGUGUUGCAUGUGUGGAGCAUCUUUAAGCAAAAGGAAGGCAAUUGUGGACUAAAUGUUCUGAUUUUUACUUUCUUUUACAGAAACUGAAAAAGAAAUUAUGCAAGAGAAUCCCCCUUCUCCGAAGACUCCCACGGGUGAGGAAAAAGGUUCACCAACUCCUCUCCCAGUGAAUCCACUAAUUCCCACAACAGUCCCUGGCAAGGGGAUGGACAUAGGAAUUGUGAUUGGUGUAACUGAAAGCGAAUUUGAGAUUAUUAAAAUAUUCAUAUCUCGGUUGCUCAUAUUCAUCAGUCAGAACUUCCCAAAUGUUCAAUUUGGACUCAUCAUUUACAGUGAUAGGCCCGAGCUUAUAAUGACUCUCCAACACAUUGAGUACGUCAACGUCAAGGUGAUCAUCGAAGGGAUGUCGUAUGUCCCUGGGGGGCACCGUACGGAUCUCGCUAUGCUGUACGCCAGUCGUAAGCUGUUCUGUCCCGUGGGGUGUGAGGACCGACCGGAACAGGAAAAUGUGAUGAUACUUUUCACCUCUGAAAAAACUGAUGCCGGCUCGAUCCCGUACAGUCUUGUGUCACCGAUUAUGAAGGUAUACGAAAAGGCUUUGUUUUUAGUCAAAGUGCCCCACAAAACCAUCAUGAAAUUAUUCCUUUCUUUUAAGAUCCAAACCUGUCCAUUCUUAUUCCCAGUGCUACGAGUUCACUCCCCGCAUUACUGAUCAGUACACCCGUAUAGCGGCAUUCAUACAUUGAAACUUUUGUACAAUCAUUUGCUGGUAAAUUUCUAACCAAAUGAUCUCCACAGGAGAACUGCAAUUUAAGAAUAUAAUCGCAAAAAACGAUCGCACUUUUUAACAUGGAUUGCAAAUGACUACCAUGAAAAUUAAUUUCGGCUCAUCGUUUAACGAUGUGCAAUUGAAACAAAUUAUUUUUUAUUAAUACUAUAGCGCACUUACAGAUUUUUAAUACAUACAUCUAAUUCGAUGUUUUAACAUAUAGUAUGCGCUGGCUUAAGUGAGUUGCGUUUCAGAUUUCCGAGCCCUGUAAGGGCAAGAAAAAAUGCAUCCAAUGAGCUUUCCAACCGAAUUUUGCCUUGCUCUGCAAAUUAUUACCAUGGCAUAUUUGUUUCCCUAAUAUGGCAAAGCGGUGUAAUUAGUGGAACGAUUAAUGAAAUAGACGUUAUUUCCUAUGAUUUUUUUUUCAGAAUUGUUCGUCCAACAUAAUCGCCGUCGGACUGUCCAAUAAAGUCAGUAAAUCAGAGCUGGUCCAAAUAGCACUUGGUGCGCCCGAGCGCGUGCUUCGAUACAACUCGGUAGAUUCUCUGGAUUCAAACGUCAUACAUCAGAUCUCAGCCAUGAUCGAACAAGGACCUGUUGUAAAGACUGUUGAAAAAACUGUCACGACCACUACUAGUAAGUUUCUCAACUUGAAUCUUUACAGUCUAAUAACUUUGCUCGUAUAUGCUACGAAAUGACUCAAAGAGAAUAGAUGUAAGGAAUAUAUUAGAAAUAUCAUGCGUUAAUUUUGCAAUAUAACAUUGCUAGUUACAAAACUAUACAGUCCGCUCGAUAUAGCUCUCUGUCAUAUUUUGAUAUUUUUCUCACACUUGCUGUGGCGUUACUAAAGAAGCCGUGAAAAAUAAGUUGGUGAUGGGCCUAGAGCGAUGAAAUAAUACUUCCCCCCUGGCCCCUCUCUUCACAUCUUCAGCCCUUUUCAGAGCCUCCUCGUGAGCCUUUUUUUCUCAGUCUCUCUUAAGAGUUUUGAAUUUAUGAAUUCGAGUUUAUACAGGGCUACAUGUAUUAAAAAAUAGCAAAUGGGAAAAGUGACAAGGCCAAUACAAGGUAGAUUACCAAUAUGUUGAAUGGAGAUUGGUCGAUCAUGACAAGUAAAAUAACAGUUAGCAUGUGCAUCUAAAACUCCUUUUUUUUUUUGUUUGCAGAGGUGAUUAUCCACGAGUUGCCUUGAGCCGUUAAUUUUUGAUGUUUUAUUGCUGAGCUUAGUUUAACCGAGACAACGUUGUGUUUGUUUGCUGAUUUGUCACGAUUAUGCAAUGUUUUAAAAGCUGUUAAGGCUGCAAGAAAAACUAGGAUGGAAGGUUUUAUAUUUAGCUCGAGGAUAAAUGGGGCCGUAGGAGUCAUGCUAAACUUCAAUGAAACCCAAUUCGGGUGAAGGAAAAUACAAAUAGCAAAGAAGCAAGACAUUCAGCCAGUAAAUCGUAUAAAUUGUGCCCCGUGAGGAUCGUGAUCUUAUGAAGAAGAAUUGAUCAUGCGAACAGAAAUGGUUGGCUCAUUUCCUUCGAAACGUUUAGUUACGUAUCUAAACCCUUGCUUGAAUUUUUUUAAUGGACUGUUUCUGAUUUAAUUUGUGUUGGUUAUCACUCAAUGGCGUAAUUAAUCACAUGCCGCCAUGUGUACCACCACGUCAUGUUCACCUGCAAAGGAAAUUAGAAUUCGUCGCGUUCGGGUUUGGCUUAAAAACGUAACUCCAAUGAAUAGCAUUGAACUCAAGAAGUCUAAUGCAUAUGGUUUCGGAAUACUGAUUCAAACAAGUUGUUCCCAGUAAAAGCAUCUGGUAAAUCAAUAAUUUUCAUAUUGCUUAAUUAAGAAAUGUUUUACUUUUUUUGUGUAGAUAGCUGUCUCAGCCGUCAAAAAACCUUUAUAAUUAAGGCAUGGAAUAUCAGUAAAUCUGGUGAAGGUAAUUCCAUUCGAAACAAGCCACGCAAUUGAACAUUACUUUCCUUCUUGAUAAAUGCAGGUUAGAAUAAGUGGGUCAGUUUAGGUUGGUAAGAUAUUUGUAAGCCUUUAAAAACCAAUAUUCGAUACAAAACUUGAGAGAAUUAGUCAGAAGCAGAAAUUUUUUCUAAUUAUUAUCAUAAGUAACAAGUUACAGAGCACAUUGCUAGAUCAGUAGUAUGAAUAAGUGUUAUUUUCACAAUAAAAACAAAAC